AUGGGGCCCGAGUGUGCCUCUUGGGGCAUCCCAGCGAGGGGGACAUCGAAACGAACAUACAUCAAUCCAUUUGGUGCAAUGGAACUGGGCUUUGUGGCUGAUGCCAAUGAGUGCGUGGCAAAGUUAGUGCUGUGCCUAUUACUCAUGAUGGCAAAGCACGCCUAUUUUGUGAUUGAGCAACCGGCCAACUCAUUGCUGCAAAAAGCACACCGCUUUGAAACGUUUAUCAACCACACCUGUUAUGUAUAUUCAUGCCGCUUUUGGAUGCAGCUCCAUGGACAUGGUUCUCCCAAACCAACCAUAUGCUAUUCAAACGCACCAUGGGUGAAUUGCCUUAAUUUGGGCCCUUUGAGAAAGGGGGUUCGUCUUGCAAACACGGUGCUGCAUACCACGCGUCAGACACUCAGGAAUGGUGGGGGGAACUUGGCAAUGAUUCGAUUCUCCUUAACUCAUGGCAUUUGA